AUGCUAACCCGGGAUGUUCAGAGGUCGGAGAUUGCCUUAUUAGCAAAGAAAACUGUAAUGAUAUAUGUGGAUGUGACAGUGCAGCAGCAAAAAAUACUCACAGAAGUGAAUAAAGUAUUCCAAGGAGUGAUGGUAUCUGUCAUAUUAUUCGUACUUUGCGCUAGUGUGUGUGCAUUCACAGCCUGUGUGUAUUGCUGCAGAAUAAAUUAUACAGAUAGACGUCUACAAAGCGAUGUUGAAGCUCUAGCUAGUAAGCUGAAAAGGGAAUGCCGUUUGAGAACUAUAAAGAAAACUCCUACUAAACCAGCCGAGGAAAGUUGUAAUAUCGUUGUAGCUGACGCCGAUAUAUAUGUUGUUUGA